AUGUCGCUAGGAGCGCCAGAGGUCGCGCCCGUCUUGUCGACUCCGGAUACCCAUGUCUUCGAGGAUCCUACCCCUGCUGUCGACCCCUCUCUGGUGCGAACUCUCUCAGACGAACAAUUAUACCUAACCUACGAGAUCAAGAGGACUGUCAACGAGAUCCGCCAUGGACGUUAUAGAAGGAUCGCACUCCAAUUCCCUGACCACAUGUUGACCGAUGCGCCGAGGGUCUUCGAGGCUUUGCAGAAAGAGCUGCGCACACAGAAACGAGAUCAAGACGUGACAGAAGCAUUGGACAAGACUUCGCUGGACGCAGAGCAGGAGAGACUAUGUAUUCUGGGUGACACCUCAUAUGGUGCCUGCUGUGUCGACGAGGUUGCUGCUGAGCACGUCCACGCUGAUGUUGUAGUACAUUAUGGCCGCACCUGUCUCUCUCCGACUCAGCGCCUCCCUGUCAUCUACGUCUUCACCUUCCGUCCGCUUGACUUGGAUACUGUUGUCACCAGCUUCCAGAAGACUUAUCCGGACAAGGACCAUAAGGUACUCUUAAUGGCAGAUAUUCCUUACUCUGAGCAUGUCCAACCUCUCCAAUCUGCUCUUCAAAAUCUUGGCUACACAAACCUCUUCUCUACAUCCAUUGUCCACAACCCUUCGUCCUUGUUGCCUAAUCGCACUGUCCCUGCUGGAGUAGACGAGGAUCCCACUGUUCUUCGCGACUACUCACUCUUCCACAUCUCGGAGCCUCCCACCUCCCUCCUUCUCAACCUCACCUCUCGCGUGGCUUCCAUCGACAUCUAUCCUACAGUGUCCGAGGGUGCUGAAGCUCCUCAAACCAUGUCAGCAUCCACCGCUCAGAUCCUUCGACGUCGCUAUGCUCUCGUCACCAACCUCAGCACUGUUUCUGUCUUUGGUAUCCUUAUCAACACUCUUUCUGUCAAGAACUACAUGGAAGCUCUAUCUCAUGUUCAAGACCUCAUCACCCGCGCCGGAAAGAAGUACUACACUUUCGUUGUCGGCAAGGUCAACGCUGCCAAGGUCGCAAAUUUCUCUGAAGUCGAUGGUUGGGUCAUCAUUGGUUGCUGGGAGAGCAGUCUGAUUGAAAGCAAAGAUUUCUGGAAACCUAUCAUUACACCUUUUGAAUUGGAACUGGCUCUCACAGAUGAACGGGACCGCAUCUGGACCGGAGAGUGGAACAGUGAUUUCCAGUCUCUGCUCGGCAAGAAAACUGUUGUCAGGGGCGAAGGUGCGCAGGAAGAUGGAUCAGACGACCAGGACGGCCAAGGCAUCGAUGAUGAGUCGGACUCAGAAUCAGAGGCACCCGUCUUCGAUCUGCGUACUGGACGCUACGUUUCGCAAAGUCGACCUAUGGCACGACCUUCUGCUUCUGCCUCGAAAAAGACUGCGGCCACUAGUCUCAUCAAGCGUGCUAAUGGCGAUCUCGCUCAGAUUGGUGGCGAGGUCUCUCCUGCUGCUGAGUUCUUGCGCAGCAAGCGCACUUGGCAGGGUCUAGGUACCGACUAUGAGAUUGCCUAUGACUACGAUGAAGAUGGCAAGAUCAAAGGUGCGCCCAUGGAAGAAGGUCGCGGUGGUGUUGCUCGAGGAUAUGUUGUUGGUGAUUCUGAGCGCUCCUGA